GGGGCAUUUCAAACCCCGCCCCGUUGCCAUUCCUACCCAGUGAGUCAGUGACCUUGGCGGCCGCCGAGCAGAGCCAUUGGAUUUGAACCAAGCGACCUUUCCUCGUCGUCCCGACCUCGACGUAAGAAGAAGACUCGCAAGUUGCAUUACUGGUCCUCGCUUUCGCCUUUUUGGCGGGCAAUGUCAUGUGUUGUGUGUGGAAUGCUUGAACUUAAGUAAACUCCUGGAUUCUAAGAACCCUAUUCACUGAUCCAACAUUCCAACCAUGCUUUUGAUCUCUCUCUGUUCCCACACUCUGCCCUGGUGCUCCCCUGAUAUCCGACGAACUCAUGCGACUUCUUACGGGAGCCGGCCAACCAGGGAAGUCCAAGUACAGACAAUGCGACGCUUGUCUGACAAACCCGGGAGACGUAGUACCAUGUUCGGGAGACCCAUAACGAUCCCUUCUAAUAGUAGUCCUCUUCUACGACGUUCCGGUAGCAGUCCGGUUUUCUCUGACCUUGGUCCUAGUGACAAUGGAUAUAACGUGGAAGAAGGCUCUUUGAAUUCCAUAGAAUCAUCUGAAAAGAAUACAAGUUCUUCAAUGCACACUGAUGCAAUGAUGCCACCACCAAUUUUUUUAUGGAGAUUCAAGGUUUUACUAUUUCUCAUCUGGGGUUUCACUUGUUGCAAGAUUGGCUGGAAAUCUGUCAUGAGAAUGAGUGUGGACUUGCAGCAUCUAUUCUUAUAUGAAGCUUUUUUAUAUUACAAUCCCCUCCUUCUUGUGACUAUGAUGGUUUGGCUGUGGGGGAUUAAUCUAUGGGCUUUUGCUCAGGUUGGAGUCAAUCAUACAAAGAUAUUUGGUUUGGAUCAAAAUCAUCUAACACAUAAAGAAAUAUGGAAGUGUGCAACAUGGAUGACGAUCAUUGUCCCGACUAGCAUGACCGCAUACCUUUGCCUUUACUCUAAUGGAAAAGAGUCAUUGGCUGCAUCACAACCAGUACUUUUGUAUGCUGCUGUUACAAUGGUUCUUAUAUUUCCUUUUGAUAAAUUUUAUUUAUCAUCUCGCUACUACUUAUUAAGGACACUUGGUCGGAUACUACUUCCAUUACAGGCAAUAACAUUUUCUGACUUUUUUGUGGCGGAUAUCCUGACUUCCAUGGCAAAGGUUCUUUCGGAUUUGGAGCGUUCUGUUUGCCACAUGGUACAUCAACAGGUUGCUACAAUUGCGUGGUUUGAAGCUGAUUCUGUAUGUGGUAGUCACUCAAUUGCCAUCCCCUUGGUGCUAGUUUUGCCAUAUAUAUGUCGUUUAUUCCAAUGUCUACGACAAUACAAAGAUACUAAAGAAGAGACCACCCUAUUGAAUGCUUUAAAAUAUUUUACGGCAGUCCCAGUGAUUUUUCUGUCAGCCCUGAAGUAUCAUGUCUUCCCUGAUAGGUGGACAAAAAUUUAUCGCCCCCUUUGGCUUCUCUCAAGUGUUAUAAACUCACUUUAUUCAUUUUACUGGGAUGUGAUCCAAGACUGGGACUUAAGUAUCUUCUCUCCGAUUUUCAGGUUCAACAGGCCACGCAUAUGCUCAAACAUGCUAUAUGGACGGAAGUGGGUUUAUUUUUGGGCAAUUGGAAGCAACCUUAUCCUUCGUUGUACUUGGACGUAUAAACUAUCUUCCCAUCUUCGCCACAAUUAUCUGACAGUUUUCACAAUCACGGCCUUGGAGAUUCUUCGACGCUUUCAGUGGGUUUUUUUCCGUGUAGAGAAUGAGUGGAAUAAGAUGAAGUUGGGCAUGUAGUUCUCCAYGAGUGGCACACCAAGGCAGGAAGAUAAAUUACUAGGUUCCACGAACCACAAUGUAUAAACUACAGGGUUCGUUGUGUAUAAAUUUCAAUUUUUUUUUCUUGUUCUGCUUCGUGUUUUCAAUUUGCUUUCCGUGAUUUAGCCUUGAAAGUAUAUCACUUAUUCACCCUUGA